GAAGCAAGAAGACUACGAGAUUUAUUGCGAGAAACCAAAGGGCCGCUCGCUUCCGUCGUUUGUCGCGUUCACCGCUCUGCCACUUGUUCUUGCUGACACUUGGUCAUCUUAAAGAACCGGUCGAGACUUUCAGAGCCUCAAAAGCGCGCCGCUUGGAUCUCGUCUGCCCCGCGCGUUUUUCUGACACACGGAGAAGAGGGAGACAGACUUAGGACAGCCAAGGGUGUGAAAUGAGCCCCAGUCCUGACACUCAGGACUCGAACAGGUCCAACUCGAUCAUGGCGUCGUCCGGUGCUCCACAGCAGCUGGUCGCCCAGAGAGCUUUCGCCGACACCAGCAUGAGAGGAGGCAAGGAGGAUGAUGCGACGACGAGCAACCCUUACCUCGCCGGACUGAGCAAGAAGGCACGAGGCUUGAAGAAGAAGAUGGAGAAGAUAAAGAAAACUGAGGCCCUAAGUGCAUCCGGCAAGCACCUCAACGAAGAACAGCUCAAGCUUCUCGAGACCAAGCCGCUGCUAGAGUUCGCUCUAUCGGAGCACGAGCGCGUGAAGGCCGCCAUGGAAGCCGUCGCCAAAGACGUGGAGGAGCGCGAGGCGGCCGAAAAGGCUAAGCUCCUGCUCGCGCCGCCGCCGCCGCCGCCGCCGCCGCCGCCGACCGGCCUGUCCAUCGCCGCCGCUCCCGAGCCGGAACAGCCACCGGUGGCCCUGUCCAUCCCGGCCCCCGCCCCAGAGGGCGGCGGUCCUCAAGAUCAACAGCCAGCUGCCGAGGUUGCGGUGGAGACUGAGUCCGUAGGCGUCUCCACAGAUCCCCCGGCCACGGAGGAAGCAGAAGUGCAAACGGACGUUAAAGGGCCGCCGCCCCGACCGGGGCUAGACCCGAGAGAGGUGUCCGAGGCGGUGGCGGUGGCGGCGACGCUAGCGGCGCAGGAGAAGGAGAAGGCGGCGCAGGAGGCGGAGGAGAGGGGCAUCGUGAAGGGUAGGAAGGAGGCGGCCACGGGGCUGUCCAAGGUGCUGCGCCUGCUGCACGCGGCGAGCAGGUUCGAGGCCAAGGGGCAGCGCCUCCCCACCGCGGUAGAUUUCUUCUCCAAGGUGCUCCUGGGCAAGACCGUGCCUCCGGACGAGGCUGACUUCGACGACUGCCUCGCACAAAGCGUGGAGCGCGCGUCCCUUUACCUGGACCCCUCCAACGGCUCCAAAGAAGUCGCGCCCGGGGUUUCCUACGCGACGCUGGACGACAUGGUCUCCACCUUGAGAAGCCAGAUCAUCGCCGGCCCCGCCGCCACCGCAGAGGGGGACUCCGCAGCCUUCAACUUUUUCGGGGAGCCGAGUUCCGGCUGCGGGAGUUCCUCGAAGGCGGAGGCCGACGGCGCGGCGAAGGGGACGACGCCUCGAGAAGCCCCACCGCCGCCGGCCCCGCAGCCUUCGAAUGGUAACGGGAACGUUUCCUCGUUCCAGCCUCCGGCGGCGGAGGCUCGAGGAGGAGAGGAGCUCUCGGGAUACCAGCUGCAGCAGCAGCGACCGCCAAAGUCGCCGGCAACUUCCGCCCGCAGCCCGAUCAAGCAGCAGCAGCAGCAGCAGCAGCAGCAGGAGGAAAAACUGGGGCUCCCAAUGUCUGGGCAAGUGGGGCCGCUUGGGCCGCCGGCCGCUCCCCCCGUCGUGGGAAUAGACGUGACGCCCCCCCCCGCACGCUCAUCGCCCUCGCUCGGACACCGCGGCGGCGGCUCGCAGAGACCCGCUGAGGAUUUGGGCUUGGGGUCGCCCACCACGGGGCAGCUAGGACGGCAGGCUUCGCAGAUGGAGGAAGGUAUCUUGCCACCUGUUGCGGCGAACCAGCCUUCCCACCUCCAGCAGGCGAGUCCGCAGCAGCAACACCAGGUGGAUCAGGCCGCGUUCCCCAAGCGGGAGAGGCGCCCGAGGCCCCAGUCUUCGUCAAGGGGCCCCGGGCCGUCGGCGGGGGGUAUCCCCCCACCCUCUACCGGAAACCACGCAACCUCUCAGCAGCCUCGCCAUCGACACUCGGAGCUGGGCUCUCCACCCCUGCGCCACCAACAACAGCAAUUGCUACGGUCUCCGUUCCCACAGCAGCCCACGCCGCCUUUGACCCCGGUGCAGAUGGGGAUGGUUCACGGGUUGGGCCUGUCGGCGGCGGCGCCGGUGCCAUCGCCGAGCCCUCCGGGUCCAAACCUCCCCGGGCCGUCCCGGGGAUCAUCAAACCUGACGUACGGCAACAAUGGCGGCGGCUGGGGGGGAUACGCGCAACAGCCGCCACCGCCGCUGCAGCAACGGCCGCAGGGGGCUCCGCCAACGCAGCAGCAGCAGCACCACCUCCUCCACCAGCAACACCACCGUCACCAGCACCCACCCCAGCACCACCACCAGCACCAGCCACAGCAGCAAAACUCGUACCGGCCCCCAAUGCACCCAUCCCCAUCGCACGCCCCUCGGUCUCACAUCGGAGGAGGAGGAGGAGGAGGAGGAGGAGUGGGAGGGCCGCCGUGGUCUGAAGCCCCCCUUGCAAUGCCGCCGUACCCGGCAGCAGCCGGUGUCCCGAGUUCCCAUCAGACCGGCAUGGUCAACGGCGCAAUGCGUCACAACAACAACAGCGGCGGCGGCGCCGCCGAUCCGGCUCAAGAGGAGCUUCCGGGCGGCUUCAAUCUAACUCCGGCCGACUACGUCCGCAACGCGCCCCACGCGUCCAAGGACACAGCGGCGACCGGGGGCGGACCAGCGACGGCGCCUGUACACACUGCUCCGUCGACUGCCACCGCUCCUUCCGGGCAGCAGUGGGUGAAUUCCUCGGGGCCCCUUGUCCCCUCCCCCUCCCCCUCCCCGACCCCUAGCGCCCCCUCGGCUGACGGGCAAGGGGUUGGGCCCGCUUCUGCCGUCGACCUAGAGCGAGGAAUGACGAGCCCUUGGCAAGGGCCGGGCGAUGCGGAGGGGGACGCGGUGACGGCGGCGGUAGCGACGACGGUUGGGGUCGCGCCGCCGCCUGGUCUGACGGGUGUCGGCCGGGCCCCGGAAGCAGUUGGCGCCGGAGCGGUCUCGGGAGGGGGCGGAGGUGUCCUUGGCAAGGAGAAGCGGGGGGGUCCCGCGGCGCGGCCGGAGGGGUUGACGGGGGCGCCGGACAGAGGCCAGGGCAUGCCGCAGCGGCAACGGCAGCCGCUGCAGCAGCAGCAGCAACAGCAACAGCAACAGCGAGCGAAAGUAGAGGGCUUGGCUCAGGGUCAGGUGGUGUCGGCGUCGCCCGUGACAGCAGAGCCGUUGGCACAGCAGGCCUCUGUCCCGGUUUGCCCUUCCCCUACGGCGGGAACGAGCGAUGCCGCCACCGACAACGGAGAGGUAUCCACCGGGCGCGUCGGAUCAGUAUCAGGGGGCACGAAGGCUGGUACCAGCGGGAAGGGGGGCAACGGACGGAGUCGCGCAUCGGGCUCGCGUUCACGCGGCGGGCGGAAGGGGGAGGCUAGACACGACGAGAGGCAAGCACACGUGGCGCUGCCGAUAGGAGUCAAGGAAGGUGGUGACGUCGGCGGCGGUGGAAGUCACGGUGGUUUGGUAGCGACCCCCCCGCCGGCACAACAGCAACAGGCCCAAGAGCUUACGAAGAAAGGGGGGAGGGGUCAGCAACAGCGGCGCCAACGGGAGCAGCAGCAGCAGCAGCAGCAGCAGCAGCCCCCGCCGAAAGCGGUCGAGUGGUGGUGGGAGGAACCGCCAAUCGUCUCAGCAGCAGAAGUGCCCCGCCGUCUCGAAUGGGCAGCAGCAUCACCAGCACCAGCACCAGCAGCCUGUCGCGAACGGCCAGCACGGGGGACGCGGUGGCGGCGGUGACAGCGUGGCCGCUCCCACCCACGAGGCAAGCGUUGGCUUGCGCGACAGGAGCACCAGUCAGCAGCAGCAGC